AUGAAUUGUUUAGAAACAGUUCAAGUACCAUUGAAAAAAACCAUCGAAAAACAAAUUAAUCUCUAUUCAACUGAACAUUCAGAUGAUGAACACGAUGAUGAACAUGAAAAAGAUGAAAAUACUCAAUAUGAUAGUGAUAAUGAUAAUGAUUUUGAACGAAUUUUAUUCAAAACAAAUCAUGAUGAUCAACAAACAACACUUUAUUGUUUUCCAACGUACGAUUGCUUAGCAAAAUUCGGCGUGUCAUUUCCAUCAUCGUUGAUCAAUCAACAGAGAGGCAUCGAUCGAAUGCCUUUUUCUAGUUAUUAA